GCUAUCCUCGUCGUUCUUUUGGGCCUUGGGAUGUGCACUCGGUCAGUGGGUGGCAGGCCUAGCGAAAGGAAUACGGCCCGGGAUACGCCUAGUAAAAGGUAGGCGUAUUCUGUGCGGCCCAUUGCUCUGGAACUGUCCCCCACACACUGCUGCUUGCACAGCGAUUAGGCCCAUGACCAUUGUUCGAAAUAGCACAGAAUCAUCGAGGAAAAAACCAGGGAAUCUCUCCAGCCCUACCAGAGUUGCGUGGAGUAAACUAGAACCACCCAACCCGUCUGCUGCUCCAGGGAAAAUAUCUGCUGCACCGCCGAGACCCAUCCAUCCCCAUCCCCAUCCCCAUCGAUCUGGCUGCACCGCGGCGACUGUGCUGCUCCGCCGAGACCUGCUCCAUCCCCAGCUGCAUCUAUUUGGGCACGUCGGCGGCAGUGCGGACGGCGGCGUCUUUCAUAGCACAGCAAGAUGUCCACCAAUGGCGUCGAGCUCGAUGGGGUGUGUGCUCCGCCCGCGGCAUGGAACAGCUGCGCCUAUCCAGUUGAGUCGCAAGAUUCGAUGAGCGUCCCAACCAUGGCGUUUGGCACCGGCGGCGACGCACAGCUAGUCGGGGAUGCAGCUAGGGCCGAGGUGUGUUCUGAAGCAACCAGUGGUUGGACACGCAGGGUGAGGAUCGGGAAAGCCCCGGAGGAAAGGGAGAUGAACCCAAAUAGGAAAUCAGCUCUUGAAUUGUCUCUGCGCGCUUAUGCUGAUAAGAAGGAUGGCCCUGUUCUCUGUCCAAGUAUUGGAACAAGCUUUGACUCUAUUGAUGAGGCUUAUGAGUUCUACAAUCUUUAUUCAUGGGAAUGUGGUUUUGGAGUUAGGCUCGCGAAAAGUAGACUGAAUGUAGAGAGGAAGAGAUGCAUGCAAGAGAUCGUGUGUGCUUGUGCGGGCAAACCAAUCAGGGAAAACAGCCGCUCGUCCAGGUGUGGCUGCAACGCCAUGAUAAGACUGUUGCGGUCAAAUGACAAAGGGUGGUAUAUUGCAGAACACAAAGAUGCCCAUAAUCACCCGCUGUCUUUGACGUGUGGGCAGAAGCUGCACUGGAAGUCUCAUAGACAUAUAGAUAGAUACACCAAGGAUCUAGUUAAACAGUUGAGAGACAAUAAUGUGGGGCUUGGAAAGGUGUUCAGUAUCGUUGGUAGUUAUUUCGGUUCAGUAGAUAAUGUGCCAUUUACGAAGAGGUCGUUGAAGACACUCUGUAGGAAACUAAACAGAGAGCAGUCUGACAUGGAUGCAGUGAAGACGAUGGAGAUUCUGUCUGAGAUGAAGGCUAAUGAUCCUGAUUUCAAUUACACAGUGCAAGUGGACGAGGAGAGCCGUGUAAAAACACUGAUGUGGGUAACAAGCAAAGGUUUUGAUCAGUACAGGUGCUUCGGAGAUGCAAUAACUUUUGAUACAACGUACCGGACCAAUCUAUAUGAUAUGCCUUUCGGUCUUUUUGUUGGAGUUAACAAUCACUUCCAAAGCAUAAUUUUUGGUGGCGCAAUGAUGAGGGAUGAGAAAGAGGACACAUUCAAGUGGAUAUUCAGGGAGUUCAUCCGCAUGGUUGGUGGCAAACACCCGCAGACGAUUCUUACUGACCAGGCGUGUGCUAUGGAACUGGCUAUUGCGGUAGAACUACCAAACACAGUACACCGUUGGUGUAAGUGGCACGUUUUGAAGAAGGCGAAGGAGUCGAUGGGUGUGCUCUGGAGCAAGGACAGUAAAUUUAAGAUGGAGUUCCACAAGCUUGUACAUCACAUGAUCACGGAGGAAGAAUUUGAAGCUGGUUGGCAGGACAUGUUGGGAAAUUACAACUUGAGGAAGCAUCCAUUCCUGACGCGGAUAUACGAGGUGCGGCAUAAGUGGGCAAAGCCAUAUUUUAGAGGCGUGUUUUGUGCAAAGAUGACUAGCACGCAACGAAGCGAAAGUGCUAACCAUCUGCUGAAGGGUUAUGUUCCACCGGGGUGCCCUAUGCACCUUUUCUUGAAACAAUUCGAAAAGCUUCAGUUUGACAGGGACUCAGAAGAGAGCUUCCAAGAGAAGAGGACAUUGCUAAGUGGUGUCUCACUUCGACUAAACCUGCCAAUAGAGGCAUGCUAGCAAGGUGUACACCCGAGCCAUGUUUGAGAAAUUUGGUGAAGAGCUGUAUAAAUGUGGCGCACAUGUGUUGGAUGAGAUUGUACCGAGAAAAAUCUACAAAUCAACACAUGUAGAUGCGGCGGCAAGAGAGAAAUGGAGUAAGGUAGAGUUCAAGAUUGAAGUGAAUGAUGAAGAGAGUUUUUUUAGUUGCGAAUGUGGCACAUUUGAACACUCUGGCUUGGUGUGUUGCCAUACAUUGCAGGUUAUGGUGUUGUUCCGUUUAUCGAAGAUACCCGAGAAACAUAUAAUGAAACGAUGGACAAGAGAUGCAUGAGAUGUUCUUCCAGCACAUUUGGUACGGUACCAAAGAGACAGAGGCCCUCCUUCUAGUGACACAUUCAGGCAUCACACAAUGUACAUGAAGGCGCUUGAAUGUGUGUUGCUUGGUGAUAGUAAUGUUAAGUGCUAUGAUGUUUUCAUGGCUAUGAUGAAGGAGGUGCAAGCUGCUCUCGUGCCGUUAAGCAGUGAUAAGGAUGGCAUGGGACUAGCCGAAAGGGAACAACAAAAUCAGUUGCUUGUUCAGAACCAGCAAGAGGCACUCGAGUUGCAAGGCUGUGCGACAAGGUCUGCGUGUGAUGGUGAAUCAAGUUGUUCAGUGAUUGCAGGACAGCAGAACAAAAGGCCAAGGGGUAGACCUACAACAAGCCGCGACAAAGCUCCGUAUGAAGAACAUUUGAAGAGAUCGCGGUUCUGCACGAUCUGUAGAGGUCAGGGCCACAAAUGCACAACUUGCCCAGAGAGAGGCGAUCUGCCCAAGGCGCCAAGGAAAUUGCAAAAGUGUUCAAAUUGUGGUGUGCUUGGACACAGGCGCAAUGCUUGUGGCACCAAGAAAUCUGGACCGUUCGAACCCAAUUUUCUGUAAGCGACACUGCUGCACACUGUGUAUUCAUUUUCAUCUUCGCCAGGACCAAUGGCUGCGUACGGAUUUGUCAUCUAAACACGGGCAUUUCUUACUUAACGUUAGCGGUGAUGUAAUUUAAUUUUUUCUAUAGCCUUCAAAUCUGUGCUUUGCGUGUGCGACAGCUUGCUGUUGCUGAUGUUGUGAUUUUUAGAGAAGACUGCAAUCUAUGGGGUAUCAUUUUUA